CACAAUUCGAGAAAUUGACUGCAGUCACGACCCUCAACUUUCCAUUUGCCAUCGCCAAUCCACGGUCAACUACACAACACCUUGUCGCCUUCAACGCACAACCAGCGACAAGAUGCGAACCUACGAGGACACCUUCUCCGGCGCGAGAAUCUACCCUGGCAAGGGUAAGCUCUACGUCCGUGGCGACAGCAAGAUCUUCCGAUUCCAGAACGGCAAGUCGGAGUCUCUCUUCCUGCAAAGGAAGAACCCCCGCCGUAUCGCAUGGACCGUCCUCUACCGCCGACAGCACCGCAAGGGUAUCUCUGAGGAGGUUGCCAAGAAGCGAACCCGCCGCACUGUCAAGGCCCAGCGAGGCAUCGUUGGUGCUUCUCUCGACGUGAUCAAGGAGAAGCGCAACAUCCGACCCGAGGCCCGUUCCGCUGCCCGAGCCCAGGCCAUUAAGGAGAGCAAGGAGAAGAAGCAGGCCGACGCUGCUGCCAAGAAGUCCGAGAAGGCUAAGCUCGCUGCCUUGGCCUCCAAGGGCCAGGCUGUCCGACAAGUCAGCAAGCAGGGUGCCAAGGGCUCUGCCCCCAAGGUUCAGGCCAAGACCCGUUAAGUUAGGAAUGGACUUUGAGGGAGGAUGAAAAUGGGAGAGUGGAGUCCGUGGUUCUUGUGUCUUUGUCCGGCCGGUUCUUCUACAAUCUCGGGUGCAUGGAUUGCCAAUAGGGUGCAUUGAUAGCUGAGCAAUGCAAAAUGGUCAAACAAAAACCGCAUCUUUUUCGUGCCGUGACAAACAUGGGUUGUACAAUCGUAUGGUGGCUAGGUAAAUAAGUCAUGGCGUCGAUCAGGGCACUAGCAAUAUGUUUUGGUAGAUUUUACGACACAAUGCCUUAUGAUAAAAGAACAGGCUUCACAAGAAAGGUUCCAAACCGAGA